UAUAAAAACCACGUGACACAAACUUCCGCUGCAAACGGACGAAGCGCAGGAAUGGACGAAAAAGUGGAACUUCAUGCAUGGGGAUAAAGAUUGUUGUGGUGUACAGAGACGUUGACCGGAUACGAUGUCGGACACACACGGGAAGUCUGUCCCCGCCUUACCCAAGAUCAAAAGGCAGAGCAAUAAAGGGGGUUUGCGCAAUGUAGAAAGUAACAGCAGAGAUGCACAGGAAGUGAAAUUGACAAUAGAGCGGUCCAACCUGGACCGAACAUAUCAAUCCCCAUGGACUCCCCGAACUAUACAGAUGGUGGUCAACAAAGGACAGGAGGCCCAGUACAGAGAGAAGAAAACGGCCAUGAAAGAAGAGGGCCGCCCUGCUCGGGAGGUCCAGGAUCACUUUGCCUUUAUAUUGGUGAAGGAUCCGUCCGUCAUGACCAAAAUAUCACAGGAGGGCGUCAAGACCAAGCCCAUAGCCUUCAACGCGCUAGGAAACAGCAAACUCGGGAUUUAUGUUUGUAAGCAUGCAGACGUCCAGCUGAAGCUUGCGGAGUCUUGGAAGGUUAAUGAAUGUCACCUUAUUGUGUGCAAGGUUAUGUACGGAAAAUGCAAGAUGGUGACUGCUCAGAGCCAGACGGGUGCGGCCAUGGAGCCCACCCCAAACUUCGACUGCCACAUGUCUCAGGAGAAACCCAACCCUAAUGACCCCUUCAACAUGCAAAUAACAAAAUCAAUGGUGUUCUUGUACGAAUACAACGAGGACUAUGAGACAGUUGAUAGACCAAGGCACUGUGUUCCCUACGCUUUUGUAGUAUAUAACAAAUCUAAAGACGCAAAAUCAAGUGGUGAUACCAAACCAAUGCAGUGGACAUCAAAACCCAAACCUCAGACAAUAUCCCGUCAGCCAUCAAGUGGAAAUGAGGCUAUCCGGAAGUCGAAUAGAGAAGCAUUUGAGAAAAGGGUUGCUGGAUUAUACCAAGCUCCACAAUUCCCUCACCUGUAUAUUCCACCAGUGGAGAGUUGGAUGCCUGCAAAGACUGGACUACUUCCGUUACCUUCACGGCCGCCGGGCUACAGCGUCAUGCAGACCAGGCAAGAUCCUAGGAUUAGAUCUACAAAUCUAGUCAAUACUGACACAGCACCUUCAGGGGAAGUGUCAAACCAAACCAAAGCUGAACCUUUUGGAGAAGUUUCAACACAAGGCAAAUCUGAGUCAAUGCCAGAGCUAUUAGACAAAGACGAACUACCCAAACCAAAAGAACAAACUUCACAUACAAGAAAUAUUAUUCCAAGCAACAAUGAAUCUGGUCAGACCAAAGAAGACAAUGAGAUGGACAUUGUUCCCUACAGUCCUGGUAUAAACCACGGAGAACUAGAUGAGUCAUUUUCUGAUAGUAUUCCUACACCAGAGAGAGAACUGGAGGAAAGUAUCAUUAAAGCUUCAUUCAGAAAAGACGAAAAAACCAGUGAACAAAGUGCCGAAAAAGAAGAGGUUAAUCUUGCAAUGCUGAAUGCAAACUCUGAACAGCUUGAAGCUGUUGUGAAACAUUUGGAGGCAGUAUUAAAGAAAAAGCAAGAAGAGAUGUUGAAGGAACCCACUCAACAACCCAACAAAUAUGAAAUCCAUCAACAGAGUGAACAAUUGACUCAGUUAGAAGACACUGAUGAAAGAAUUAUCCCAACCAAAGACAGCUUCAUUGUUAAUGAAAUGGGCGACAUCGAUGAACGGAUGAGACCAAAUGUGCAUGUGCCAAAUGAUUCAUGGAACAGCAACUUUGAAAAUGCAUUUGGAUUUGAUCCAAGGCAAAUUCCAUAUCAAAAGUCUUCAGUAAAUGUGCCAGCAAUCCAGGGAAGUAAUAUUUCUGGUGAUGUUAUAAAAGAGGUUCCUAUGGAUAUAGAUUCAGACAGUGAGAGUAAUUCUUUGAAAGAGGCUAGUUCAAUAGAAACAAAUACAGACUCAUCACUGAUUGAAAAGCAAGGAAAAAAGGUAUCAUUGUCAGAUUAUAAAGCCAGAAAAAAGCAUAGUUCUCCCAUAAGGGCGAGAAUUGAUGCCAUGAAACAGAGUUCUGAAACCACCAAUGAUAGAAGUGUUCAAAGUAGAGAAACUGUUUCUCAAAUUCAUCAGAAAGUUAAUGUAUCCUACUCUCAGUAUUUGACAGAGGACCAAGCAAAGUCGUUCCAAAUACCAUUUCAACUUGAUCGCAAGAAAUAUUCAGAGGGACAUUUACAGUCUCCAGUGAACUUUACAGAAGCUACAUCUAGUGUACAGAAGAACAGUGUUUCAAACGUUUCUACCGUUUCUGGGUUUUCCUCUCAAAAUUUACCAAAUCUUGUGUCAAGCAAUUCAAUGAAAUCUCCCACUACUGGUCUUUCCCCUAGAUCUGCUGGGAGUUCUCAUAUUGAAGGUUUCUUCCAAAAGUCACCCGUCAGUCUUUCACCUGGUACACCAACGAACCAACCGAUUGGAAGUAUUUUACAAAAAGUGAAUAUUGACAUUUCAAAUAUAAAGAAUAUCCUUCAGAACAUAGCUGCAUCACCAACAACAUCCCCAACGGUAAGCCCCGAGAAGAAUAUUUGGUCUUCUGCGCAUGAGGAUGUCCCUUGGAUACAGUUGAAAGAAACGAACCGACAGCUUUCUUAUGAAGAGCAACAAGCAGAGCUUCGAUACGAUGCUUACAACUUGACGGCUUCUAAACCAGAGAAACCAACGGAGGACGAAGAUGAUGCUGAUUACUCUUCACUUAUUUCUAAAAUAAAGAACCUUCAGCAAGAAAUCGAUCAAAUUAAGAAGGAAGAGAAAUCAAAUACAUCAGAAUGGCCAAGUCCGCUAAAAGCGGUCAAAGAACUUGUAGAUAAAAAGUUGGAAACCAAUCAACCUGAACCAAUACCGUUACAAAGGGGUGCAAAUUUGCUUCAAGAUCUCUCGUAUUUCCGCGAGGAAAACACGACGAAAACGUCUGUCACACCUGAAGACCAAUAUGAAGUUAUUGACCUAAGCAGUGAUCAUGUGAAAAUUCCCGGUCUCGGAUUUUCAGAUGAAAGCAAGGAUAAAUCACGCGAAUCUUUCUCCAGCGAAGAAAACAGAAAACCACAGAAUGCAGUGCAGGACACAAUAGAUCUUUGUGGCGAGAAUGAAAGCUCGGUUGUUCUAGAGUCACCAAGGAAAGAAAUUUUGGAAUUAUCAGACAAUGCCGAUAGCGAUGAUAAUUGUCUUGUUAUAUGUGAUACACAACAAACCAAAGCAAGUGAGCCACGUGAAACACUGGUCACAGAUAGUAAAACUAAAAAUAAGUUGAUACUUCCUAAAACUGAAAAUGAAGAACACGUAUUUUCACUUCCUGUGGCCAUGUCUACUCCAACCAAAAAGUCAAGAAACAAAGAAAAACAACAGUUAGAAAUAGAAAACGACAUUGGAUAUAUUUCAUGCGAUGGUUCCUACACAACAGAGAGCGAGAUAUCUCCACAAAAAACUCAACAACCACCAAAGACUGUCCAAAGAAAAGACACCGCAGAAAAAACUAUAUGUCCAUCGCCAGUUGUACGAAGCAGCACAGAAAUAGACGCGAUGAGUGAACAGCAACCAAAGGAAACCCAAUCCAAAUCAUUUGUUUCAAGUUCAGCUGACAUAUCCCAAGAAACAAACUCUACAGACACUUCAUUUACUGAUGAAACAAAAAAGAAAGCAAAUAAAGCGAAAAUGAAGGCGUAUCUUCUGAAGAAACAGAGAGGGAUGCUUGGGUACUCUAAAAAAAGAAAGCGGAGAAGGAAGAAACAUACAGACUUGGAUGAUCUUGUCAGUACGACCUCGUCGGAUCUGGUGGAUAUCAGUGAAUCAGUAAGUCUAGACCGGUUUUCUGCUGCACUGUCCUCCACCACGAGAACUUCCUCUCCCCUAGACAGUAAACCCAACCUACGAACUCUGCUAGCCGAUUUAGGGGUGAAACAUUGGUCAGAUGGCCUAAAAGUGAAAGAAUUGCAACCGACUGUAUAUUUAAAAAGGUGUGAUGGUCCAGAAGCUGUGCCAAUUAAACCAACUUUAACAAGAAAUAGGCUAGAGUCGAAGUCCACCGAGCUAUUGCCUGAUGUUGACAGCCGCUUUCCUCAGCAUAAAGAUGAAAGAGUCAAAGAGUGGAUAGAAGGAACGAGAAAGAAAAUAAAAUUGACUUUGAAAGAUCCGCUGCAAACUCCACAGAAUGCGUCAGAGAAACCGAGCGAAGUAGGAGGACCAGAUUUGUCAGAGACGAUGCACAUUAAAACCGAAGUUUCUGAUUCUUUGAAACCACAACAGAUUAAAGAUGAGCCUCAUACUUUAUCCUCUGGAAUCAAAGUAGAACCAUCUAAUGCAAAACCGACCGUCGAAGUUACAGUAGAUUUGAAACCUAGUCAGGGUUUGAGAAAUGUUUCUCCCAUAACAGUUGUUUGCUCCAAACCUCCAAUGCUGAUACAGAAAAGGGUUUCAUCUCCUCUAAUUGAUUGUAAAUCAAAUGAAAGUAGUUUCAAACCAAUAACAACAAUAUCGAAUAUACAACAACCGGCGACUGCCAAAAAGGACAUUUUCACACCGAGAAGUGUUAGACUGUCGUCAACUGUUUCUUCCCCACAACAGCAACUCUCCAUUCCUGUUGUUAAAGCUGUUAAGGUUCCUCAGCAAGCUGCUACAAAUAUAAGACCCCCACUUUCUAAAACACCUCUAACGCCAGGUCUUCCCACUGCCAACCAACCUUCAACAAACCAAGGGAGGUCAAUUACCUCUGUUUGGCCUCCUAAUUCAAACCCCCCUAUUCCCACAAUCCAACAAAGAGUGUCUGCUCCGAUGGUGUCUACUCAGCAAAAGUUACCAAUCCACGUUGCAAACCCACCACGGUUUCCUCCAGUUUCAUCUGUGCCCUUGCUGUCUACAAUGCAAACAGCAAAAGUCAGCUUGCAAUCAAGUAUUAAAAAAGUUCCUAUUCUAGAUUUACCGCAAAGACAAACAAUUCCAGUGCAUUCUCGUGUUCCUGCAAUUACACAAAAACGUUCGACAAAUUUAGUGCAAGUUCCAACAACGUAUUCAAGCAGUCGAGACUUUCCUCAGCCUUUCUCAUACAAUUCUGCACCUUUACAACAGUUUACUACCCAGAGUGUCCAACCCCCCGUCACUCAACCGUUGUACUACACUCAGUACCAUCCGAUGCAGCCACAAGUACAUAGUCACCAACAACCGCGCUUGCAGUCACCUCUGUAUCCAAAUCAACCUCAUCCACAAGGAGCAAGUUUUCAGCCUCCUCACCAGGGGAUUUCUCUUCAAUCUGAACAUCAUCAAGGAAUGAGUCAUCUUUCGGUAAAUCCUGUCCCUUCGCCACAAAAUGUGCAUUCUCAACCAAUCCAUCAGGGUGUACCUCCUUAUCAGUUACAUCAAUUUGAACAAACGCCGGCGGCAGCUACACAAGCUAUGAUAAAUGAGACUCCAUCUUUGAAAAGGAAAUCUACCGACGUAAUGGAUUGGUUUGCGGAAAAGUUUGUACCGAAAAAACACGUCAAAGAGAGUGGAUCAAGCAGCUUUACGGAAAAUUAUACGGACACUGAUUCCAUGAGUUUACCAACAUCUCAUAGUCCAAAUGACUCGUACACUGAUAUGUCGCUCUCUCCAAGUCCUCAGAAAAAGAGAUCAGAUUCUUUUUUAGUCUAUGGAUGCCAGCCGGAGGAAGCUGGCAGAAAUGAAUCCACUACGAAACCAAACGAGAUAUUUGACAAAUAUGAGAAUGGAAAAAACAAGUCAUCUGAAAGAGAUGCAGUUUCAACAUUUGUUGAAAACAGGCCUGCUUCAGUGGAUAAAGAAAAUAGAUCAUUAGUUCCUGGUGAUUUUAUUACAGCAACUAAACAGCUAGAAAUUAUGCAGGAAAAUGUAGACGACAACUCAAAGAACAAGGAAUCCACUCGCAGUUAUCUUUCAGAGAAACACAAUUUUGACAAACCAAAACCUGCAUUUAAAAACACGUUUACGUUAAUAGACGAUGAAACUCAUCUAAAAAAGGACAUAACAGACACUCCGGCUAGUCCCGAAGACACUGUUCGAAAUGUGAUUUUGGAGACUCCUGCCAGCCCUGAACCAGAAACACCCGCAAGUCCCGAUCAUGAACACCAUCCUUGUGAAGUGAUUGAUGUAAGCGAAAGUCCCGAGAGACACUCGGACGAUAGUGACCAUCUUGAUAUAUCAAUAGAUGGACUUGCUCGUAAAAGAGAAAUGAUAAGAAAACAGCUGGAUGACCUUCGGUCUAGUUCCGGGUCGCCCCGAGUGAGCAGAAAAGUUCAGUUAAAAUCAGGCGCCGAUUUAAUAGAAAUAUCGGACGAGGAGUUAGAAGAAGGAGAAAUAAAUGAGAGAGGCACGGAAAUGAAAGAAAGUCAAAAAGCCACACUGGCUACUGAAAAUAGAACAGUUGCUAUACAUGAGAGUGAUGAUACGAGUGACAAAAUUUUAAGCAAAUACAACACAGGCUUAAGUGUUACUGUAAGAAGUAAAGAUACAGAUGUAUGGGAUUCAGCAAUUAUCCUAUCGCAGACUGAUAGCAGAAGUGUAGAGAAGCUUGCAUGUGUUAACAGUGAACACGAAGUUGACAGAAAAGGACAUCCAGAAAGAGAGAAGGAAAGCUACAAAUUCAGUAAAAAAGAUAACUAUUCCAGCAGAUCACAUGAUUAUAAUUCAAGACGAUUUAGAUCAAGAAGUAGAAGUUCAAGCAGUGAAGUAAAAUACAAGUCACGCCGAUACAAAAUGAAAGGAAGAUAUAAAUCACGUGAAAGAAGUCCAAGUAGUGAAAGAGGAAAAAAAUCCCGUGGUCGAAGUGCAAGUCGGGAAAGGCGAUAUAGAUCACGUGGUCGCAGUGCAAGCCGCAGUGCAAGUCGGGAAAAGCGAUUUAGAUCACGUGGCCGCAGUGCAAGUCGUAGUAGAAGGUACAAAUCACGUGGUCGCAGUGAAAGUCGUAGUAGAAGGUACAAAUCACGUGAUCAUAGUUCAAGUAGCGAGAGGCGUUUCCGAACACGCGAUCGUAGUUCAAGCAGUGAGAGGCUUUACAGGUCACGUGGUCGUAGUUCAAGCAGUGAGAGGCUGUAUAGGUCACGUGGUCGAAGCUUAGGUGGAGGCAGACGAUAUAGAUCGCGUGAUCGCAGUUUAAGCAGUGAAAAACGACACUCGUCAGAAAAACAAGUUUCCAGUAUUCGUGAAUGCGGCGACAAACACGCGAAGCCAAAGAGAAAUGUUUAUAUAGAAAAUAACAGGAAAGAAAGAAUAAACGACGAUAAUGAAGUCAUAAUAAAGUCUGUAGAAGGCAUUGCUUCCAAGACCAAAGAAUAUAAAGAUGAUGUCAACAGAAUUCAAAAUGAAAGAAAGAAUUACACAUCCAAGGUAGCCAAUGCUUGGUCGGAAAUUUCGAUGCAGAAUCCUACCAACGUUGAAGUAAUAAAAGGCGAGACAGUUGGCAGAGUUGUCUCAAAUAGCAGCCAAAAAGAUUUCGAUGUAGACAAAGAAUUAAAAAUAUAUAUGGCGCAACAAAAUAUGAAUAAAACUUCGACGAAUGUAAAUAGGAAUGACAAUGUAACAGCAGAGCAGUUUAAAGAAGUAAAACAUUUUGUUCAAAAAAUUCGAAACACAGCAUCCUCAGAAACCUUAAGGUCAUGGGCGAUAAGAGAAUUAAAGUUUCAUUCAGAAUCAGAUUUCAACGAAAUAGCAUCAAAGAUCACUGUAGAUUUGAAUUUAACGAUUUCAGAGCUAUCGAAGAAUCAAAGAAAGUCGAUGAAAGCGAAAAUAAGGAAAGAAGUAGAAGUUGCCUUAGAAAAUAUGAGAAUCGAACGAUUGGGUGCCAAUCAAUCAUUCCCGGCUUCUACUGCAGAGAACGUUGUUAAAGAUGAUAAAAAUGCUUUAGAAAUAAGACCAUUUGAGCCUUUAAAUUUCACGAAAAAUCUGAUAGAGAAAGAGUUGGAGAUUGUAAGGGAUCAUCUGAAGAGACUUUGGCAUCACACCCAAGAACAGAUUGAUGUACCGCCUGGCAACACUUCGAGUGUGCAUUUGUUUUCUAUUCGACAAGACAUGCAACAAAUAGAGACCGAUCUGGUGCAGAGGGUCACAACGUACGGAGCACAUUUUGGUGUUCCUAAUCGACGAGUGCCAAAUGAGUUACUAACAGCAGAAGAGAAAACCAGUCAUUUCUCAGAAGAAAGUUUAGUUCUAGUGUUGUCGGGAUACAUACCAUCAAAGGCUUUUCAGAAACUGCUAUCACUUCGAGAAAAACUCGAGAAUUCAAAGAAAGAAAUGGCGGAAGCAGAAUCGUCUGAAAAUAAAGAACAGGUGCAAAGGUUGAAAAGUGGAAUGGAGGAAAUUCAUAAAGCAAGAAAAGCGAUGAUGCUCUCCUUUACUGGACCGCUGACUAAAAAACGGCUUCAAAAAAUUAAAACCAAAGCCAAGUGCUACAGAAAUUGUCUGCUUUAUUUUAAGAAAGAGCUCGGCGAGUUCAAUGCAGAAACGCAUCUUAGAUACCUGAUGAUAUCAUUACAAGAUUUAGAUAAACACUUCAGUUUACUGACACAGUUACUGGAAGAACAAGACAAACAAAAGCAAGAAGAAAUUACACAGGAUAUCCAUUUAAAGAAAAGAAGAGUGAUGGUUGACAAGUUCCAUGACAACUUUAAACUGGUGGACAACCAGCUUAACACCAUGUAUGCUAAGUACCAGGACACCAACCCUCACGUGUGUGCCGCCAUUACAGACGUUUCUGACAAAAUCAGGCAAGCUUUGACGUUAAUAGAUGCAGAGAAGAACUCCAAAAACAUCUCCAUCAAUACUGUCGCUAAGUUGGAACAGAUUCUGAAAUCCUGUCUAUCUGGGUACGAAAAUGUUAAGCAACAAAUAGUCGAACUGGAAGUGAGUAUUCGGUCACAAUGAUUCCUAUUACGUCAUUAGCAUUAUGUACUGUGUCAGUGUCGAUAGAAGUAAAUAUUUCUAAUGAAUGAAUCUCGAAGUCCAUGUUGUUCACUUCAUAUAGAAAUCUUUUCCCUCUUUUUAAAUUCGUGCUCAGCUUCAUGUGCUUGUUAUUUUUCGCCUUUGUAAAUAGAAAACCAGUCUUUAAAUUCCAUGUAUACAGUGAAAAUCAAAGUGUGUUUAUACAUUUUGUCCCUGCAAAAAAAAAAACUCUCUCGUUUCAGUAAUUAUAACAAAAAUGAAUGUCUUUUUUAUAUACUUUUUUGCUUUUUUUGUUAACAUACAUUUUUAUCAAGCUUUAUUUAUAAAAUAUCGUUCGGUAGAAAACUUAAAUCUUUUUUCUCAAUCUGAUUUAUUUUCUUGGAUAUUUGAAUAUUGGAUAUUUGAAUGCAUGUGUUUUUGUGUUGUCAAGACAUUGUACUAGAACGACUGUCAAGCAUGGACAGUUACACGUUGCUUCCUUUCUAUAAACAAGAUGCUGAUUGAAUUGAUUUUCUAGUAGCUCUAUUAUUCCAAAGAUCUUUGUGUUAUGUAAAAUAUUUGAUUGGACAAACAAUUUCCUAUCAAAAUUUGGAGAGCAAUAUUAGUCCUUUAUUUGUGAUGGCUUAUUGAAUAUCGUUUUAUGUGACCUAGUCGUGUAAAGAUAGGGAUUAUUCGGUGAACGAGUAUGGGCAUUAUCGUUAACGUAACUGUGUGUGUAUUAUUUGCAAAGUACAUGUAUAAUUAAACUUUAAAUAAGAUUUAUUACAUAAUACAUUCUAAAAGUUUACACUAUGGACAUUGGAAAACGAAAAUUGCAAUGUAGAUUCUGUUGACUCACGUUAUAGAGGAUGAACUGUUUGUACAUUAAUAUAUCAAAACACGAAAUAGACAGCUAGUAAUAUGUAAGCGUAUAAAUAUGUUAAUUCAAUAGAUAUACUGCAGUUACAAUGUUACUCUAAUUUACCGGAUUGUUUGUAGAUCUUGAUUGUAUUUGCGUUGUGUUUCUUUGUUUUGUAGUGGCCAGUUUUAUUUUUGAAUGUUCUUUACAUGAAAAUAAAGGUUGUUCUUGCAUUUGA